CCGUUUCACUAAAAAUAACAGUUGCAGACAAAAAAGUUUGAUUAUGUGCCACAAGGUUGGCUUGUUUUUGUGGAAAUUGUUAAGGACUAGCAAAGGUCGUGAUUCAUAAGGCAUACUAAUUUGCCGACUUAAUGAUUUAGACGAUCGAGAAGGAAGCUAUUACAAAUGUGACAAAUAUGAUUAUAUGACGAAAUAUAAGGAAAAGUGCGAUGCCUUUACAACAGAUAGGUGCGUAUGAUUAACACUGAUUAUUAUCGCGCUCUGUCAUCAGUCAUGCAGCCCUAAUGCAUGCAAGCCGCAAAACAUAAUUGUUUGCAUGCGGGUGACUAUUCUAUUGGCUCUUAAACAAUAAAAAAGAUAUAUGAUAUACAGCGUACGAUAGUGUGAAGAUAACAGAUACCCUGAUUGUUAUUUAGAUUCGACUAAACACACAUCCUUUAGACAAAACUGUUUGAUUUUGUGCGGCAAAUUUUACAUUUUCGUGGACAUUGUUAAUAUCUAGCAGUGGAAUUAAUUGAAAAGGUUAGUGACAUCUUUAUCACAAAUACUAAAGCCAUCACUGAAUGAUCUAGAGGAUACCGAGAAUAUCUGUUCGAUAGAAGCAAUCCUGUGACAAGGGACGCGCUUAUAAGCAGUGAACACGACAACACGUACCGGAAGUAUGGGUGCGGGAAAGUCUCGGUUGCCCCCACAGACUCUGUCUGAGCUACAGGCGAACGUGGACGUGGAUUUCACACAUGAAGAGAUUCAGCAAUGGUACCACGAAUAUCUUAAAACAACGGGUAGGUACAAGACUCGCCUUACCCGGGAGGAUUUCCAGCGAGUGUACGACAGUGUUUUUGUCGGAGACUCCCGGGAUUUCGUCGGCCACCUCUUCCGCACAUUCGACCUGAACAACGACGGCUACGUUGACUUUAAAGAGUUCAUUGUGGGUCUUUGCGUGUCUGGCAGUGAACGCGUAGACCGGAAGUUGGGUUGGGCGUUCCGGAUGUACGACACAGACGGCAGUGGCGCCAUUACCAGAGAGGAAAUGACCAUCAUGCUUAAGGCGAUCAACAAGAUGAUUUCGCAGAACAACAAGAGAAGCGCCAGCGACAAAGGGAACAGCCACCAAAACAACUCCAUCCAUGACUCAGCGACAGUAGAAGAAAUGGUUGAGACCUUCUUUAGGUCCGCAGAUAAGAACGGUGACAACCAGAUCACUGAAGACGAGUUUAUUGAAGGAACAAAACACAUGCCCGUGUUUCUGCAUUUGUUGGAGUGGGACCCAGAUUCUGCUUAGUCCGAUGACGUCCUCAAAAAUGAACGUUUUUAGCAGUUUGCUAUUUUUAUCAGAGCCAAAAAUAGUACAUAUGAACAAGAAUAGUAAGCAUACUAAUCAGUGCACAAUAAGAUAUUUCUAAACAUCUUAUUACUUAUGCUCUUUUUAUGGUCUAUGAGCGUUGUGUCCAGUGUGGUAGUUAAAUACUACAUGUAAGAUUACGUGUUUAUCAAAUGCUUGUGAUGUUAUGUAUAUACCUAUAUUAGUAUGUGCUCGUUCAUACAAUGUUGCACCAUCGGGAUUCCCAGCAAAUGUUAGCAUUCCGUGCACCAACGAAAGGUUCGGAAUCUGUACCAGGGGGACCAAAGUAAUUAUGUGUAAUAAGCGUAUUUGUAAAAGACAAAUGUUCUAGUACUGUUUUGUCACCAUGCAGGUAACAUUUUGUAAGAAAAAACAGGAACAAGCGAAUAUAGCUCUUACAAUGCUUAAUAUUAUAUGUAGUUCACUUGAACAAAUACCGUGUAUGGAUUUUGCCCACUGAUAUCCAUCAUGGCUUUGUGAUGUAAAUGGAACUGCUCUCAAAUCUGAAUAUCAAACAAAAUAAUUAUCUAGUACGUAGCAAAGCAUAAAAAUAGCAUUCUUCUUCGAAAAUCUGAUAGAAGAAUUUUGAUUGGUAGAUAAUUAUGCUGCAAAUGUCUGUUGAAAAUGGUUUAAAACAUGUACAAUGUUUGAUAAGUCGUGUAUAAACAAACUAUGGUAGCCUAAAGUGGACACUCUAAUGUCAAUAUAGUGUUAAAAAUGCAUUUUUACGACGAUUUAUUUAAAUAUAUUUAGUUAUGGCAUUUUUAAAAAAGAUAAUAGUUGAUGCAUAUCUUGAAACCACUAAACAAAUCAUGGUCUCCGGAAGAAAUUUACCUCAUUUAUAAACAUGAACUGAGUUGAGUGGAGUUGAGUUGUCAUUCAUGUACACACACGUUUACGCCAAGCGCGAAGACCCACUCAAAAUGACCAGUGUUCAAGGUUAUUUACGCUCAACACAUAUUCAGUGUGGACAUACCACGUGGUUUGUGACGUCACAUUUAGUUAUAACGUGAAGUAACCAGAAACUUAAUUUGCUUCUCGUCAUAACAAACAAUAUUUUGUCCAUUUUCAGCAUUUGCCCACGAUUUUUUAAAAAACUAUAAAUUACUUAACAUGUCGCUAAGUAACCGAGUGUAGUGUACAUUUUUCCGCUUAGCCUCCGCUAUAAAAAUAACGCACUUACAGCGAUAAUCCUUUUUGGGGCGAGCGGUAUUUUACUUCACGUUAUAACUAAAUGUGACGUCACAAACCACGUGGUAUGUCCACACUGCAUAUUCAUGUGAAUACAUGUAGACAUGAUGACAAAUUAUAAUACAUGUAUAUUUCGUAACUAAUAACCUAAUACACCAAGCUAUCGGGUCAGUUAUUAUAGGAUAUUAGUAUUUGGGUAAGAAGACAUAAAACACAUAAAGACAAUCAGAUCAGGCCAGGCUGCAUUGGUUUCUUCUGAGUUUUGAAUACAACCAAAAUGGAUUAAGCUAUUGACAAUCACUAUGACACAUGAACACAUUAACUUUUGAUAUUGGUUAUUGUAUUGUAUACUAUUAUAGUUUGAUAGAUUUGUGAUUUACUAUUCCAGUUCAUCCUUAAACAUAGAUUGAUUAUAAUAUUGAUUUAAUAUUUCACACUGCACCGUAUAAUUGUAAUUGAAAUAUAUUUAAUAUGUAUAUGAAAACAAAACAACUGUAUAGUCUACGUGCAAUAAAUUCUGUUCUGUUCUGUUCUUUUCUAGAUAAAGCUGUUAAAUACUGCCUUCUUGCAUUCAGGUAUAUUGCACAACAUAGUGGAAUUCAUCACCAAUGUUAUUUUGGUUAUUUUGGUUUCGGUAAUUUCUUUCAAUACCAAACCAAUGACCCUUUUCAACCAGUUUUGUAAAGUCUAUAAUUGUUACAUUUUGGAGACUCCUUUACCAUAACUCAACACAUAUGUACAUGUCUACGCUAUUUUUGACCUUAAGAUGUAUGUAAAACAAACAAACAUUCUUCUACGGAUUUAUGUUAUAUAUUUUUUAGCGUCAUGUUUCACAUCAGCAGUAAAGUUGAGCAUGC